UAAAGGGUGUCACACAGAGACUUGAAUUUGGUGCAUGUGAGUGUGUCCGUCGAAAACUCCUAAAUUUCUGACAAGUUCAUCAGCCCCUGAGCGGCCCCAGACUCUGCACUUUCGGUUCCCAGCACCAAAGAAGGUCCCAUGGAACAGGUUUAAACAAUGGACACUAACAAGUAGGUGCUGGGGGGCGGUGCCCUCAGUGGCGUGGAUCUGGCCCGGGGUCAGAGGCCGAAGCGUGCCCACCUGCAGCCUGUUUCUGUCGGAGCCGGAUGAGCUCCGGGUGGGGAUCCUCCCGAGUGCUGCAGACUUGGGCCAAGACUUUAAAUUCAGAGCAGCCAGAGAGGAGACCAGAUGGAGGUUCAGGCCGUGCAAGAUGGCGGUCUCCGUGCCUGAUGUGCCACUCUUGAAAAUCUUCUCCUUCCUGGACGCAUUCAGCUUGCUCCAGGCUUCCCGAGUGAACAGGUGCUGGAACAGGCUUGCAGAGAAUGACCAGCUAUGGAGAAACCUGUGUCUGAGGAAAUGGAGCUUCUGCAGCUUCUCCCCGUGCCCGGGCUCACAGACCUGGAAGCAGUUCUUCCUCAGACAAACAAAGCUGGAGCACCGUAUGGCGAGGGUGAAGCCAGAGGACUUUAUCUUCAGAGAAGCAAGUGGGAACCUCGGAAUCUUAGGACCUAUGGCUUAUCUGUCAGGAUAUGGCCAUGCAGUGGGUGGAGAGGAGAAGUCAGUCAUUUGUACAGUGUCAUCAAAGCACAUGCUUUAUGCCUGGGACCUGCAGGAGGGCACUAUGAUCUGGUCCAGCCCCGCCCAGCAGUCGAGCAUCAUGCGUCUGGCAACCCUCCCUCAGAUGCAUCUUGCGUUCACUGCAGAUUUGGAGGGAACAGUCAAAGUGUGGAAUUGUCAGGAUGCGGAAGCCCUGGCUACUCUCACCAUGCCACAGGCCUGUUUUUCCUUGGAAAUCUGUCUCACAAAAGAUGGCCCCUUCCUAAUGGUAGGCAACUCUGAAGGUGACAUGUACACACUGACCGUGCCGGAGCUAAGGCAUGUCUCUAAAGUCAAUGCAUUCAAAUACAGUGUUGACCUCCUACACUGCUCUCCCGACAAGAAAUGGAUCUUUGCAUCUGGGACACAUCAGAAUAUCUUGCCAGUGGUGUUCCUCACAGAGAGCUUGCUGAAACCGGCAGAAGGCAAAAGCCCUCUGUCCCUCUCUAUCCCGUAUUCAUUGUGCUGCAGGGCCUGCUGGGCCCCAAGGAGGACAAGCAGGAUAACAGUGAUGUAUCGAAGAGGCUCUUUCAGAAAGACCGGAUUUACCACCUUCGAGCUAACGGCUGAGAGGACGGGGGACCAAACGGACAUCCAAGCCCACCAGGUUGCAACUUUCCUGUUGCCGCCUCACAUGGAGAGUCCUAUGUGGAUGGGAGUCGGAGACGGAAAUGUGAUCGUCUUUGAGAGCGGGCCGUCCUUAUUCCUCUUCACCAUCAGUGGCCUUCUUCUGCAACGAUUUGAGGACCACCAGAGGACCAUCGGCAACUUAUGGGUGGAUUCUGUGCACGUCCUCAGCACGUCCAUGGAUGACUCUCUGCAUUUGUACAUGUGGGAAGAGGAAGGCCGUUACCCAUACCUCAAGAGCUGCUGCCACCUGGAGCACAUGGGCAGUGACUCGGCGCCGAGCUGCUAUGUCUCCAAAGCAAUAUGCGAUAACAUGAGCAUCGUAUGUGUGGUGUCGAGACUUCGUGAAUCCAGCAUUCUGGUGAUGUAUUCUUUGCGUAUGUAAUGUGGAAACUAAUGGAAUUAACCUUACAUCAUCUCUCUCAAUGUAGUAAAGAGAAU